CCUCCAUGGUGAGAAAGUAGUGUACGCAUUUAGAAAUCCGAACAAAUACUUCUGAAUCACCAAAGAAGGGCGCACCACACUGAGGUGGUGUGCAAAUUAUCGACGCCACCAUGAGUCUGAAACUGCGCAUGAACUUAAUCACGUCAUCAAGUCGAUGGGAGCCCUCAUCGGCAGUACGAUGUAUAACCGGCUCUUUGAUGGUUUGCGGGAUAAUCGGAAUAUUGAUUGGAAGUCUGAUGAUUGUUUUAAGUUUUCUGGAAAGUGAUCACCCACAAUUACAGUCUUCAUAUCGACUGGCUGGUAUUAUUAUACUAGGCACGUCACCUCUUCUCAUUCUCGCAUCAUUUAGUAUAUUUUACAUAGCAAGGGCGAUCAAAAGACCAAAGAGGAAACGAGAGACGAGAGCACGAAUGCAUUUUGCAUUAGGAACCGAUCCUAGUCCAAAAAAGAAAAAAAACAAGAAGCGUAAACAUAAAAGAUCAAAAGAUAAAGGUCCGUCUUUCAAACCUCUUCUCAGCAAGUGGCAAGACCAAAUACACCCACAUAAAGAAAUAAACAAGGAAGCGAAGGAAAAUAAACAGAAGGAAGAACAACGAAAACAACAACAAGAAAAGAAAAUUGAACAAUAUGAGCUACAAGAGCAACCUUCACAACAGGAUCACCACAACACACAGCAACAUAAUUAUAACCAGGACACCAUCAGUGAUAGCAAAUUGCCCCACUCUCAUCAACCCAAGGAAUCAGCUCCUUCUCAAAACCUAUCUCAAGAGGACGCUGCACGCAUACUCAAUAAGCGAGGACACGCAUCUAAAAUUAAUAACCGCAAGAUAAAUGAGCAAAUAGAACUGGCAAUGAAAGAAGCAACUUCCACCUCCAGGGGGCGCGCUCGACUUCUGCAACUACCCCUCCUAUCUAAUCAAGAUGAAGCUGGACAGGCACAUACAGCGGGCCAGCAGAAGCAAACCAUGCAGAGUAAUUCCAGUCCAUCAGUUGACAUAAGGAAUUCAAACCAGCGUGGAGAUAUAUCAUAUUCAUCUGCUUCAUCUGUCACAAAUGAAGUUCCAGAAAUUAGAAAACCAGACGCGCCUCCGUCCCCACGUGAUCCUAAACGCAAGGUACGGAAUAAACCGGUUCCUCCUCCACGACAAGGCAGUUCAGCAAAGCAUGAGCCGGAAAGCAACUGUGUAGCAGUUAAUAACAAUGACUCACGAUGUACUUGCUAUCUGAUGAAAAAGAAACAACACAUAUCCCCACCUGAUGUUGGUUACAAUAGCAACCACUCGGAACAGCCUACACCAAUGACAUCGACUCCAGUCGCACCACAGUUGAUCACAUCACGUGUAGCAGUCAGUCAGAUCAGUAGCAAUGCACCACAAGGUGCAACCUUCUUUCCCCCUGACGUUCGUGGUCACAUGACCUCACCACCUCGUGAGUAUGACGUAUAUUCACUGUAUGACGUUGCUCCUAGACGUGAAGGCAGAAUCAUCAAAGACCAAUACAGCACAUCUUUCAGAACGCCAGACAGGAGAUUUGAAGAUGAACUGUUUCUAAACAAAUCUGAAUUCACAAACAAUGUGCAUGUCAUUUCAGCAGAAUUACAUCCUGUCCCAUCUUGGAAAAAACAGAAAACAUCAAUGAAAAAUGCUGACGAUGGUUUUAAUCUCUUUUCUAAGGACACUGUAAACAUUACUCCUAACAUGAAUAUCGAUGACACACAAUUCCCGUCAUUGGGUUCGCCGGAGUCAGAGGUCAGAGGUUCACGUGCAGUCCAGCGUCAAGAAGCAUCACAUACAUUACCACAAACAUCUAAAGUUCGAUCUCACCUCAAAUACGGUGUUAAAGUUCUUCCUGAAACUAUUAAUAUCACAAGAAAGGACAAAAACAAGAAAAUGAUACAUUUAUCAGAAGCAGCAUAUAACAAGGUACCUUUACACCAAAAUUCAUCAGCGCCAUGUCAAAGGUCUUCUGUAAAAAGGGAACCAAUGAAACUUGAGCUUGUAGAGACUGAUAUAGGAGGCCCUCUAGUGAUGGGCAUUGAUAUAGGAAAUGAACAACUUUAUGCUGAUCAACAGAAGAAGGCCAUUUCAAGUUGGGUGAUGCAGUCAUGUAGACGUAAUUUGUCAGCUAGUUCAGAAGAGCUGACUACAUCGUCCACACAAGAUGAUAAGGAUGCCGGUUACUCCAGUGGAUCACUACGACAAGAUAUGUAUAGAUUAUUAAGUUCGCCCUCUAGCGAUGAUUGGGAGAAUAAUCGAUUUCCUGAACUCCAAGGAAGAACCACUAAUCAAGUCUUCAGCCCAAUUCGUACCGAGGAACCAGUGACAGGUAUCAGCAAUGCUGGCGCCGAUUGCACGUCAACUGACGAAAAUGCAGAAGAGACGGUGGUGGCAGUUCCACGGAGAAAAAGAAGUCGUCCUCUGUCGUGGCACCAGCGGUAUUCAUAUCACAGCGACUCAAAAAGUGGUACCUCCCGGCGUCCAUCUUCAGUUCACAGCGAUUGUAGUACAUUCACGUCCGUGACACGCAACAGUCAAUCGAGCUCUGGGUCAUUGUUCUCCAACAACGGUGUACUUUCAACAGUGUCGUCACCAAGAAGCAGCCUGUGCAUAACAUCGGAUGCAGACCUUUUCGAUGACGUUACUGACGAUGAACGAUACACUUACGUGUGA